GGCCUGCGCCGAGCGGAGCGCGCGCGCUGUCAUGGCGCUGAACCUCAGCAAGAACGGGCGGGCGCUGCAAGAGGCCUACGGGCGGGUGGUGGCUGCGGGGAGCCCCACCGACUGGGCUCUGUUCACCUACGAGGGCAACAGCAACGACCUGCGUGUGGCCGGCUCAGGAGAUGGUGGUCUGGAGGAGAUGGUGGAGGAGCUCAACAGUGGGAAGGUGAUGUAUGCCUUCUGCAGGGUGAAGGACCCCAACUCUGGCCUGCCCAAAUACGUCCUUGUCAACUGGACUGGUGAAGGUGUUAACGAUGUGCGGAAAGGAGCCUGCGCCAACCACGUCAGCACCGUGGCCAACUUCCUCAAGGGGGCCCAUGUCACCAUCAACGCUCGGGCUGAGGAGGAUGUGGAGCCUGAGCUCAUUAUGGAGAAAGUUGCCAAGGCCUCAGGGGCCAACUACAAUUUCCACAAGGAGAGCAGCAAGUUCCAGGACUUGGGCCCCCAGGCUCCUGUGGGCUCCGUCUACCAGAAGACGAACGCGAUGUCGGAAAUCAAGAGGGUCAAUAAAGAUCAUUUCUGGGCCAAAGCUGAGAAGGACGAGGAGAACCGGCGGCUGGAGGAGCGGCGCCGGGCGGCAGGACGGGAGCAGCUCUGCAGAGCCAGAGCCUGUGAGAUGGAAGCCCAGAAGAGUCUCCAGCAGCAGCAGGAGGCUGAGGACAAGAGCAAGCAGCAGCAGCAGCAUUGGGCCCACGUGGAGCCCGGGCAGCCGAGGGGCUUCAAGAGGAGCGAGUCGGUGGAGAAAGCCCAGGAGGCUGCUGCCCUGGUGGCCCAGCGAGCUGUCAAUCCCCGGGACAUCUUCAAACAGAAGGAGAAGUCGGGGACAACGGGAACAGGGACGGGGUCCCAGCCAGGCAAACUCUGCAGCCCGUUCCUGCAGCAGGAGCAGGUGAACUCCGUGCCCAGCCCUGUCUCUCCUGCCCAGGAUGCCCCCCAGGGGUCCUUUGCCCCUUCCUCUGCCUGGGCAACACCCCCAGCCUCGCCAGGAUCUGCAGCAGGACAGACCUCGGAGUACAGUUCUGGGGCCUCAAGGUACUAUUCCAGCCUCCCAGCUUCCCAUGGGGAAAAGGCGAAUCUGUACGAGGAGCCACCAGAGCCCUUGGCCAUCUAUGAAGAACCUCCUCAGGAACACGCUGACAAUGCCAAAUACAACUAUGCAGUUGAGUACCAGGGACCACCAGAGCUGGUGGGGAAGGGGCUCUGUGCCCGGGCACUCUAUGACUACCAGGCAGCUGAUGCCACCGAGAUCUCCUUCGAUCCCGAGAACAUCAUCACCAACGUCGAGAUGAUCGACGAGGGCUGGUGGCGCGGCUACGGCCCCGACGGCCACUUUGGCAUGUUCCCGGCCAACUAUGUGGAACUGAUCUAGUGAGGGCCUGGAGGGGGCUGCUCCAGCCCCCGGGACCACUGCCCCGACCCUGCCCACUUCUUCCCCAUCGCGGGCAGCUUUUCUUUCUUCUUUAUUCUGGUUAUCUUUUGUCCUCCAAGCCAAGUGCCAUUGCCCGGCUCCCUCGGCACCAGCUCCUGUCCCCCAUCCCUGGGGAGGGGACAAAAUCCCACUGUCCUCCCCCCACUCGCCUUCAGAGCCUGGAUUCUCCUCCAGGGAAAAGGAGGGUGGUGGGGUGACAAAUCGAGGUGACAGAUCCCUCACAGGACAUGUUCAGGGGACACAUUCCCUCUUCUAACCUCCUGGCUACCACAGAGAAACCACUUGCCCCAUUUGGCCUCACCAGGUUGAUCUGAGCAUCCUGGGGGUGGGCAACAUCACCCAACCAGCCCCCUCCCAAGCACCCCCCGUGUCCCCACCAUGGGGCUUCACUCUGCCCUCCCUCCCAUUCAAACCAGGGUUGAAACCUUGGGGUGGUGGGAGGUGGAGCAAGUGGCUUGGGGUUGUGGUUUUUUUUUUUUUAGCAAAAUAACCCCCAAAUAAACCUGGGAGUGUGGGACUCCCCCCCCAUCACCCCAAAUUCACUGUGAACAAAGAAGAGCCCAACCCC